CCUAAAGCUGUGUUUGCAUUCAUGAUAUAUUCUUUGAAAGCAUAUAUACUUGUGUCAUGGAGAACGACAAGGGCGGAUAUAGGCAGAUUAAUAAGUCGUUGAAUAUCUGUGCCUUUGAUGAGUACCUUAAAGGUCAGACCGCACGGCUACCGCAUAUCGAGAGCGUUGAACAACUUACUCCGAGAGUGCUUCGCGUUCUUGGCCAGAACCCUGGAAAGUUUACGCAUCAAGGGACAAACACAUACAUUGUCGGCACUGGCCAACGACGCCUCAUCAUUGAUACCGGUGGCGGUGAACCAGCAUGGGCCAAACUGAUUGCUUCAACGUUUAUAUCAAUGAACAUCAGCCUCUCACAUGUUCUGCUGACCCAUUGGCACGGUGACCAUACCGGCGGAGUUCCAGCUCUUCUGCUCCUAUACCCACAUCUUACGAAUUCCAUUUACAAGAACGAACCAGACCAAGGCCAACAGAACAUCACCGACGGACAGAUAUUUUCCGUUGACGGCGCAACAAUUCGUGCUAUUCAUGUGCCCGGACAUUCAGAAGAUCACAUGUGUUUUAUCUUAGAAGAGGAGCAGGCAAUGUUUACAGGCGACAAUAUCCUCGGUCAUGGUACCAGUGCUGUAGAAGACCUAGGCACCUUCAUGGCCGGCCUGCAGAAGAUGGACGCCCAGGAUUGCCAUAUCGGUUAUUCUGCUCAUGGCGCCACGGUCACCGACUUGCCAGCCAAAAUUGUCGGGGAAUUAGAUAACAAGUUGCGGCGCGAGAAGCAAGUUAUGAAUGCGCUUGGCCGAGUUCGUAGCCGCGGCGAGAAGAGUGUCACCACCAAGAACCUGGUAACCGAGAUCUACGGCGAGUCGCUUGACGAAGAUACGAGGAUACUCGCAUUGGAGCCAUUUAUUGACGAAGUGCUACGAAAGCUAGCGAAUGACUGGAAGGUUGCAUUCGAAAUAAGAAGAGGCAAGAAAAAGUGGUUCUCCGUAGAAGAAGUGGAGGAGGCAACCACGCAGCGGUUUACAGCUCUGAAAAAUCCACCAGCCGUAACUAUUCAAGCUUAA